AUUUUUGAAUUUUCUCAAGGUCGUGCUACGUGUAACGACCUUGAGGAUGAGGUACGCUAUCCUUGCAUCAGCAAGUUUGAUUGUUUCAUCCAUCGUCGUAACGAAUACUUAUUACCGCAAAAAGCAGUUUUACCCUACUGUCGUGUACUUAACUAAUAAUCAGCCAUCUCUUUCUAUUCUCCUCUUUCAAUGUGUUGUUAUACUCUUCUUGGUCGUAAAAGCACUCACAUAUGCUUUCUUCGGUCGGCUUCAAAGAGCAGAAGUAGAUAAUCUUGUUUCACAGUCAUGGUAUGCUUUCUUCGACAUGUGCUUGGUUUUUGCCUUCUUCCAAAAUGAAUUGGGAGUCGAAUUUCUGUUCUUGUUCGCUAUACUUUUAUUUGUCAGAGCCUUCCACUGGCUUAUUGAAGAAAGGGUCGAUUAUAUGGAAAGAUCGCCCGUCAUUAGUGUUCUGUUUCAUCUCCGAACAAUGAUGCUUAUUACUCUUCUAACUCUCGUGGACGUGUAUUUCAUCAAAACAGCUUACUGGAAGCCAGCUACACACGGAAUAUCCGUACAUUUGGCUUUGGGGAUAGAGUAUUUCAUUUUAAUAUUAAGUCUUCUAUCGACUACUGUACGUUAUAUUUUACAUUCGAUUGACUCUAUGCGAGAACAUUCCUGGAAUAAGAAAGCUACAUAUCUCUUAUAUGUGGAUAUUCUCAUUGGAUUUAUUCGUUUGGCUGUGUACGUUGAGUUUACGUUCAUCAUGUGGUCACUGCAUCCGUUUCCUUUAUUCAUCGCGCGACCUAUCUAUCUUAGCAUCAGAUCACUAAAAAAGGCGAUUCGAGAUAUGUUGAUGUCACGUCGUGCGAUUCGAUACAUGAACACAGUUUUCCGCGAUGCCACUCCAGAUGAUUUGGCUUCCUCCUCAGAUACUGUUUGCAUAAUCUGUCGUGAAGAAAUGAAUCUUCAGACAGAUAAUAUACCAUCGGUUGGGACUUCAGCUCUUAAGAGGUUACCUUGUUCUCACAUUUUCCAUUUUGGUUGUUUACGUUCGUGGUUUCAACGUCAACAGACUUGUCCAACCUGUCGAAUGGAUGUUAUUCGUGAAGCUAGAGUGCAAGAAAGACAGCGACAGCAACCUCAUCGUUCAGCAACUACCAAUAAUACACAACCAGACAACUCAACAACUUCUGGUCCAUCUAAUUCAACUGCGACACCAACUGUUGCAGCUAAUAAUCAAAACUUAUCAGUGCCAUGGAUGCCUCCUGCAAAUGCAUUCCCGUUUUAUCCACCAUUUAUUCCUCCUACUAAUAAUUCAACAACUACACAAGCUCAGACAGUCUUUCCGUCUGUGCCUCCUUUAUACAUACCACCGUUUAUGGGGAUGCCUAUAAUAUACCCUGGUAACUUGUUCUCUAGUGGAAAUACUCCUAUGCCAGAACCGCCCUCUGGACCACCUGAAUCAACUGAUGAAGCUCGUCUUCGUGCCAGUGCCGAAGCCCGUUUCACCGCUUUACGUCAAAUAAAUGUACUGUUGAAUGCAGCUGUCCUGCAAAUGAAUGCUUACCUCAAUGCGGCUAGCGCUCCUCCAAGUGAAUUAGAACCUAUGACUUCUAUUAACACUGUCCUCAACACCGACAAUGUGGGAUCAAAUAAUGAAGGAAAGGGAGCCUCAAAUAGUGAUGUAAAUUCUCAGUUAGACUCCGAUGGUAAGAGUCCCCUUGCAUCAGAAGACUCGGAAUUUACGGAAGUUCGUAAACGUAGACUAGAACACUUUGAAUGCUCGUCUGGAGAAAUCACAUCAAAGUCUAACUCUGAACUUAAUGAUGUGUCCAAUUGAUCUUGUGACAUUUAUAUACACCUAACUUUGGUAUUACUAAGUUCAUUCUGAGAUUAGUUUGUGUAAGCUGAAUUCUAUGUGGCCAUGUAUUCUUUCAGAAUUCUUAAAUAAAACGAAUGGCUUUCUAUAUAUUUCAGUAUUUAAAUUAUAUUUGAUGUAAUAUUGUUUCGUUAUAUUCUAUCUUCAAGUAGUCUCAAUAGUUCGCCUUUAUUACUUGUUAUGUUUUAAGGAAUGUGAGAUAUUUCUCUUCAUUAUACUUAGUAAUAUGGUUUUGUUCAAUGUACA